UUCUACCCAUGUCCUCUAGUUUAGCACACUGUUGCUUCAAACGACUUCGUUAUGAAUGGAUUCCUCAGAAAGGAGAGAGAGAGAGAGAGGGACAGAGAGAGAGAGAGAUGAUUUCUGCAUCAGCGAGUCAAGCAGCUUUGGUCACACCCUUCCCCGCCUACAUGCCCCCCUCCCGGGACGAGAGGAGCUUUACCGCCCGCCAUGUUGAUAGGAGCAGGGAGUCAGAGACGUGUAAAAAGAAAAAGCCUGCUUGGCUAACUAAACUACAUAUUACGGGAAGGGUGUAAAAGAAGCUUUUUCAAACAACAAAAAUAAGUCAACUUUCCAGGUUUUUUUUGUUUUGUUGAUGUUCACUUCUUGAUCGUAUGGGUUGUAAAAAAAUCCUGGAUAUUCAGUGUUUUGUUGAGUAAUUCGAAAGGAAAAUGGUGACGGCGUGGCUGUGUGUGUGGAGAUGGUUCUAACAGGCUGUUGUCUGGACGACUGUGGAACACACUGCUGGUCUGCGGAGACGUCCUGAACACACACACACACUCUGACCACACACACACACACACACACACACACUCACACUCUGACAACACACACACACACACACACACUCUGACACGGUGACAACACACACACGACGCUGCCAGUGCAGCGAGAACGGAUUCGUAUCCACAAACUCUCUCCCCUCCAUCAUACACACACACACACUCUUGACUGUGUGUCCCAGUCGUGGUAGCUAGCGCGCGUGUGUGUGUGUGAGACCGCCACAAUGCCUAGCUCCACUAUCAGACGUUCUGUGAAGAACAUGGUGAACAAUUACUCCGACGCGGAGAAGAAAGUCCGGGAGUCCACUUCCAACGACCCCUGGGGCCCUUCGUCCUCUCUGAUGUCAGAGGUGGCCGACCUGACCUAUAACGUGGUGGCGUUCAGCGAGAUCAUGAGCAUGAUCUGGAGACGCCUCAACGACCACGGGAAGAACUGGAGGCACGUUUACAAGGCGCUGACGCUGCUCGACUACCUGAUUAAGACGGGGUCAGAGCGCGUGGCCCUACAGUGUAAAGAGAACAUCUUUGCCAUUCAGACUCUGAAGGAUUUCCAGUACAUCGACAGAGACGGAAAGGACCAGGGAAUCAACGUCAGAGAGAAGAGCAAACAGCUGGUGGUUCUGCUGAAAGACGAGGAGAGACUGAAAGGUGAGCGUUCCCAGGCUCUGAAGACGAAGGAGAGGAUGGCCCAGGUAACCACUACAGGGGCGGUGACACCAGGUCAGGGUUUUGGCAGAGGUUCGUCUCAACCCAACCUGUCGACCUCCUACAGCGAGGAGUACGGCAAGUCAGAGGGGUCACCUGCAUCUUACCACGGCUCCACGUCUCCGGUUCCAGGCUCAGAGUUGGAGCAGGCCCGCCCCCAGACCAGCGGAGAGGAGGAGUUACAGCUGCAGUUAGCCCUGGCCAUGAGCAGAGAGGCUGCUGAACAGGAGGAUAGGAUGCGUCGGGGAGAUGACCUGAGACUCCAGAUGGCGCUAGAGGAGAGUCGUAAAGGAAAAGCCCUCGGUGAUACCGGCUCUGGAAAGUUAGCCAAGAAGAAAAGAGAGGCCCAGUCCUCUCUGUUGGAUCUGAUGGAUGUACCAGAGGGGGAUUCGUCCGACCCCUGGGGGGCGGGAGGAGCUGCCGCCCCACCAGAUCCCUGGCAGGCCUACGGUGCAGCCCCAAAACCAGUGGCUCCGGUCGACCCCUGGGGCCCACCGUCCUCCUCUGUUGCCCCCAUGAAGAGCAGUGAUCCCUGGGGAACCAACGCUGCUCCUGACCCCUGGGGUUCUGGAGGAACACGACCCAAUGCCACCUACUCAGGUGAUGGUCGGGGUCUCUCCUCCCUGACUAGCGGUACCGAGGACCUGUUUGACCCUCUCCCCAGCAGGAAGACCCCAGAGUCCUUCCUGGGUCCUAAUGCAGCAUUGGUCAACCUGGACUCACUGGUCACCAAGCCUCCUCAGCCUGCUCCUGUAGUCAACCCCUUCCUCGCUGCCGCAGUCCCUGUAGCCGCCCCCCAGGCCAACCCGUUCCAGAUGGGCCAGCCUAACCCCCCUACCUUAAACCAGAUGAGGAUCAGCCCUAUGCCAGGCCUGAGUCUGGGAGGUGGAGCUGGGUUUAGCAGCUUGUCCUCCAUGGUAGACCCUCUGCCCCUCUCCUCCUUGCCACCACCCCAGCCCCUGGGGAUGGUCCCCCUGACGGGCCACAUGGUCCCCGGGAUUGGAGGGAUGGGGGGUAUCCCAACCUCUGUGUCUAUGUCCCAGCCCCUGUUCAGUUCAGCUCUGCCCCCCACAGCGGGCACACAUCCUCCUGGGACCACCAACCCCUUCCUGUUGUGAGGGAACACCUCGACAACACCCCUGGAAUCCUCUCCUCAGUCUUUCCACCUCGCCGUUUCCUCUCAUCCCGUUUCCUCUCCUCUCUCUCUUCCCGUUUCCUCUCCUCUCUCUCUUCCCGUUUCCUCU